CAGCUUAUGUCCCUCCACUCGGCCCCUGUGCCCUUGGUCGCAUCAUGGACCCAGAAUGCCCGUUGGUUGCAGCUUGAACCCAAACUGAACAACACAACCAUACAUCGCGAUUGCUCCUUGUCCCACGCCAAACUUAGUCGCUCGCUCGUUUGCUCCGUUCUGUCCCGCGCUUGACUCCGCAGUCUUGCUGCGCAUCUCCCCGAACAUGCCUCGGCAUUGAACCACGCACUCGCCAAUUGAUCCGCAGGUCGACAACCAUGUCCGCCUUCAUCUCGCUCCUCGGCUGGAGCUUCCUCCCCGGCCUCGUCACAAGCUGGACACAAUCCCUCUACUACAACAUCACGAUCCGCGCCGGCGACCCCAAGCCGCAGCCCGGCACGCCCCGCUUUGCCGAGCACCGCCGGCGCAUCCACAUCCUCGUCGUCGCCCUGUACCUGCUCUACACGAUCUACGAGGCCGACUACGAAGUCCAGCGCGCCGGCUCCUUCUACGCCGACCUGGGCGUCCCGCUCAACGCCACCGAGCGCGAGAUCAAGUCGCGCUUCCGCCGCCUGGCCGCCGUCUACCACCCGGACAAGGCGGCCGGCAGCCCGAACGCCGCCGCCGACGUCAACGCGUACUUCGUGCACCUCCAGACGGCGGCGGACACGCUGUCGGACCCGGCGCGGCGGUUCGCGUACGAGCGCUUCGGGCCGGACGUGCUCUCGUGGACGCCGCGGUGCGUGACGGUGCGGGACUUCGUGGCGCGCGGCGCGCAGGCGCUGGUGCCGUACUACGGCGCCGCCGCGGCGGUGCUGUACGGCCUCGGCUUCCUGGGCUACCUCGAGUGGGGCCGGUUCGAGCGCUGGCUGGUGCUGGCCGCGCUGUUCCUGUUCGAGGCGCACUGCGUGACGCGGCCCGCGCCGCCCGCCGUCCUGGACCGCGUCGUCAACCCGCUGCUGGUCUGGCUCUCGCGCGGCCGCCGCCCGCCCUACCUGCAGUUCCAGGCCAUCGCGCUGGCGAGGAAGCUGAGCGUGACCGUGUACAUCGCCUUCUCGCAGAUCGGGCCGCUGCUGACGGCGGAUACGUCCGGCGGCCAGGUGGUGACGGGCGGGAGGAAGGGGGCCGACGACGAGGCGGCGCUGCGGCAGGGGUUGGAGAGGCUGGAGAAGACCGUCCGGCUGUUGGAUGCCGACGCCGCGAGGCUGCUGGAGAUGGAGAUGGUGCCGUUUGCCGGGGACGAGGAGACGCGGAAGUCCAUGUGGGCCAAGGUCAAGGAGUGGCUGGUCCAGAACACGAUCCGCGCGGAUCCGAUGGUGCGGGAUGCGCUGGGCAGGUCUCUGGCGAAGCGCAGGAUGAAUGCGCCGGCCGGGGCCAGGGGCACCAAGUGACAGGCGUUGGCUAACGUAGAAAAUUUAGACGGUAACAAAGCAAAUUUAGACAGUGAUGAUUUUAUUGCGGCAUA